AUGGGGCCGUGGUCAUUGCCUGGAGUGGUGCAGUUGAUGACUGGUUGUAUGAGGGUCCAGCACACGGUGUCGGCAGAAGAUACCCAUCUUCUGUUCCGGGAACCGGGGGUGCUCACGGGAUUCCGCCCACAAAAUAAGCCAUGGGCCUUCUACCUGUUCAGCGUUGUUCAAAUUCACAAUGAAUCGGUCAACAUUUGGUCGCACCUGCUCGGGUUCUGUACCAUCCUUUGCAUCAUGUACAGGUAUUUGACCGUUUACAUAAGUGCCGACAAUUCACAUUGGUUUGUAAUACUCGCAUUCGGACUAUGCUGCCUAAUUUACACUGCCAUAAGCACCUUCGCUCAUACUUUCCACUCCAAGUCUGCCCUGAUACACUACACCUGUUUCCAGCUCGACUAUUUGGGCAUCGGAUACUUCAGCCUCGGUAUGGCUAUCGUCACGUUCCAUUGCAGUUGCCACCGCCAUUUCUACUCAAUGUUGGAGCAUUAUUUACUUCCUGUCAACGUCCUGCUAAGUUGGGUUGGUUUCCUAUGUUCUAGUGUAGCCAAACUGCGGUACCAUCGUCCUUAUCCGUUUCAGCGUAAACUUUGGAAUGUCUGUUCCUUCGGUUUUCAAGCCUUAGUCGCGUUUGGCCUGGUAAUAACACGGUACUGGGAUUGCUAUCUGGACAUGAACUGUUCGCUGUCAUCUCUAAACCACCAUACAAGUGUCUUUAUGGUAGCCACCAUCUCCAUUUUCUUCUUCUCUAGUCAUUUUCCAGAACGAUUCUUGCCGGGAAAGUUCGACAUCGUCGGUCAAGGUCAUCAGAUAUUCCAUGUUCUGUGUAUAGUCGGGACACUACUGGAAUUCAAGGCUGCAUACAUCGACCUUCAGACGUACGUUGACAACUUUGAUCGGGAAAUAGUUCAACCGGACACAACCAGCAUGUUUUCGGCAAUGGUAGUUUACGGGAUGCUAUCACUGAUCACGGUUGUCCUCCUAAAUCCGUUCACGAAACGCAGAGUUCAACAGGACAUACGAAAUACUAGGAAAUGCCAGUAA